AUGGGCUUGUUGCAGAAGAUUGUUCGCAAUGAGGCGACCAAGUCGGACCCUCCCGAGAUCUACAAUGCCCGAGUUGUACUCAUCAGUCUGGUGGCCUGCGGCGGAGCAUUGCUCUUUGGUAUGGACAUGGGCAUCAUCGGGGGCGUCUUGACGAUGGACUCAUUCAAGAAGGAAUACGGACUGAUGGACCAACCGAAAGCUGUCCUCGCCAGUCUGGAGGGAAACGUUGUGUCAGUCAUCCAAGCUGGUGCCUUCGCCGGGGCCUUGCUCUCGAUGUGGCUGGCAAACCGAGUAGGCCGUCGAUUCUCCCUUAUUAUCGCCUCGAUCCUAGUCUUCGUUGGCGUUGCGUUGCAGGCAGCUGCUAGUGGGCAUAUCGAGGCCAUGUACGUUGGCCGGCUGGUUGCUGGUGUGGCCAUUGGUAUCGCAUCUUCAGUCAACCCGCUUUACGUCUCGGAGAAUGCGCCUCGCGGUAUUAGAGGUCUCCUCACGGGCCUUUACCAGCUGAGCAUUGUGACCGGCCUGACGCUCGCAUUCUGGAUCAACUACGGCUCCCUACUCCACAUCAAAGGCCACAGCCAGUAUAUCAUCCCCCUCUCCCUACAAGCCUUCCCCGCCGUCAUCCUCCUCGUGGGCAUGCUUCUCGCAAACGAGUCACCCCGCUUCCUCGCCCAGCGCCACCCCGACAAAGCCCUCGCCGUCCUCGCCAAGCUGCGCAAUCUGCCCGCGGACCACCCCUACAUCGUGCAAGAGAUGGACGGUAUCUCGAGACAAUUGGAAGAAGAGCGCGCCCUGGCGGUCAACGCGUCGUCGUUCUCGCUGUUGAGGGAGGCUUUCACGAUCAAGUCGUACCGCAGGAGAAGCCUUCUCUGCAUCACGCUGAUGAUGUGGUCCAAUCUUACUGGAACGAAUGCCAUGACGUACUACAGCCCGCGAAUUUUUGCCAGCGUUGGGUUGUCCGGGUCUGCUUCUGGGCUUUUUGCGACGGGCGUGUACGGUAUCGUCAAGAUGGUCUCGUGCGCCAUCUUCAUUGUCUUUGUGACGGAUACUCUUGGAAGAAGGAAAAGUCUGCUGUGGACGGGAAUCGUUCAGUUCGGCUGGGGACCCGUCGUCUGGACCUACUCCUCCGAGAUCCCUCCCGCCCGCCUCCGAGCCCUGAUGAUGGGCAUGGCCACGGCGAGCCAGUGGCUCUUCAACUUCGUCGUAGCGAAAGCGACCCCGAGCAUGUUUGCCACUCUGGGGACCAAUGGAUUCGGCACGUACUUUGUCUACGGCACCUUCUGCUUCAUCAUGGUGGUCUUUGCGUUCUUCUUCGUCCCCGAGACGGCUGGUGUUGCGCUGGAGCAGAUGGAGGAGCUGUUCGAGAAGGACUCGCUCAGGGACAAGCUCUUGUUCAGAAAGGGGCCGCGGCUGAGCUCGAGAGAAGAUGCGGCGGAUGAGGGUGUGCUUGACAAGAAGAAUGCUGAGCACGUGGAAGUGGCGUAG